AUGGGGGACAGCCAGGAUCUACACCACACGCCGUCGCUACACGCAAGCGAUGCGGUGCCCACAGCUGAAGCACCAGUGCAGGGAAAACCGCCGCCGCUUCUGCAGCAGCAUUUGCAGCCACCGCAGUCUGCUGUGCCGGGGCUCUUUGAUGCAGACACGGUGGAUGCGCCCAUGUCGGCUUCGUCAGAGGAGCGCGCGAGAACCACGCUCUUCAACACCAUCGCCAACGCAAACAUCAGCCCUCCACCGUCCUCAUCGGCCCUUGCCAGCUCCGACUUUGAGGCUCCCGACAGCGAGCAGCUCACGCCGCUUUCGCCGCUUUCGCCGCCCGAAACCACAACUGCUGCAGCCACACCCGCGGAGGUGACGACGGCUGAGCAGCCCAAAGCGACCCCAAGCACGGCACACGCAGCGCAGCAAAACGGCUCGGGCAUCCUCAAAGCACGCGGCUCGCCAUCGCCUCCUCGUCGUCGCAACGCCUCGAACGUAAGCUUCUCGCUCAAACCGACGCUGGUCACGGACACAUCCCCCACCGCAGCACACUCCACGUCACACUCCUCCUCCUCCUCCUCCUCGUCUCCUUCGUCUGCCACACCGCCUGCGCAACGGCCAGGCUCGCAGUCGCCACCAUCGCCACCGUCACCGCCCUCUCCGUCCCACGAUGAGGCCUCCUCCGCAUCCCACGAUGGCCGCUGGGCAAACAUGCGCGCGCGGUUCAGCCCGUGGAACCGGCUGCUGUUUGCACUUGGUCGACAGCCCGCCGUGCGCCCGCAGGAGUCGCUCGAGGACGACGAGUACGAGUAUGGAGAUGACUAUGACGAUGAGGACGGCGAUGAGGAGAGUGGAGGCGACUCCCAAGGCGGCGACAGUGCCGGGAGCGAUGGUGCACUUGGCACGAGCUACGGCAACGACGUGCAGCUGUGCCCGCACACGCAGCAGCACACCGUGGAUCUGAAGAACCAGAACCUGAAGCGGCGGCGGCGGCGGAGUCGGAUGAACAUGCUGCCGAAGCACACCGUCGGGCUCGACUGGAUGCAGGUCAUGCGCACGCGCACGCAACUCCUCAACCAGCAGUUCUCUGCAAACAUGAACCUUGUGUUCGUUGCGCUUGAGUCGUCGUGGGUGUAUCUUGCGCUGUUUUAUUUCGCAGGCGUGUUUCUUGCCGCCACCAUCCUCGCUGCGCUGUUCUACGCCUGCGAGUGCCGGGAGUCCCUCGACUUUGGACGCGUGCUCCUCCUCGUUGCCCAGCAGAUCAUGACGGGCCCCGCCUUCAUCGAAUCUGGCGACAUUGCAACCCCCGACCUCUCCCACGGCUGUAUCAUCCUUGGGUUUCUCAGCUCAACCACAACAAUCAUCUUCCAGGCGUUUUUGUUGUCGAUGGCGGUGCGCAAACUGAUGAAACCCAGGACGGCCAUUACGUUCACGCGCAAGCUCGUCGUCAACACCCGUGAUGGUGUCCCGUGCCUGCAGGCACGCAUCCUCAACCUCAGGGGGAACCUCAUCUCAGAUGUGCAGGUGAAUGCGACGCGGUCACGCCGUGUGCGCACGCGCGAGGGCGAGAACUACUACAAGAUUGAAAAGCUCAAAUUCGAAGGACCACACAUGAUGAAGUUUCCUGGCAUUUUCACCCAUCGCAUCGACGAAAGCAGCCCCCUGUACGAGGAGUUUAGCAAGAAGAGCUUCGUUGGAGGCUUUGUGUGGGUGGAGUUCACAGGAUAUGACCACGUGUUGACGGAGCAGGUGCAUCAGCUGUGGCUGUUUGAACUUCCCGGCGACGUCAUGCCGUGUAGCCGCUUUGCCGACAUGGUGGUCAAAGGCACAACGGAGGCCAUCACCGAUGGCACAUACCGCAUGAUUAUCAACAUGGCAAACUUCAACAAGAUUGUUCGCCUUCACUCCAACUCACAGUGUUGUAAGCUGUGCCGGACUGGGUGUCCAUUUGGCAGCCAGGCACAGCGGCGAGCAACCCUCGGCGAACGGGAUGCAGGUGCACUCUCACGGGGCACACCGAGGAACGAAGAAGCAGCUCCUGAUGAGAAGAAGCACUGA